GGGGUUUUGGAUGGCAGCCUAAAUCCACCCUUCCCAGGACGAAAUAAAUGCAGCUGCCCAGGCAAGUCGCCGGAGAGAGCAUUGCGGCUCUGGAAGGGAGGACCAUGGAGAUCCUCAGCAUUCAGCAGUUGGUAAGUGAGGAACGGCGCGAAGAGAAAGUUGGCUGUUUCGCAGCAAGGGCGAGAGGCGCAGCCUGGGCAGCUGAACGGUGGCGUUCAGGUCCAGCUGCACCCUGGUGGGAAUCGGUGGAAAGAGAGAAGCAGAAAGCGGAAGACGAGAAGAAGAAAAAGCUUGAGGCCCUCAAUCAUGCCAGGUUGAAGAUUGACACCUUGGAAGACUUGGCGGCCAUUGUCAAGCGUCACAAGCAGAAGAAGACAUGUAAGAAAGUGGUCCUCCCCAAACCGCAGGAGCCAGAAAUUAUUAUAGAAUCGGUGGAGCCAGGGCAGUUUCUUGAUGCCGCAUUGGACAACCAGAUUCUUGUUGUCAACAAAUAUCUAGCGGACGGCGGAGACCCCAAUACCCAUGACAAGUUCCAAUGCACAGCCCUGCACCGAGCCUGUUUGCGGGGCCACAAAGAGAUCGUGGACAAGCUGCUGGAAGCAGGCGCCAAGCUGGAGCCAAGAGACAUGCUGGAGGCAACGCCCUUGUUCUGGGCUUGCCGUGGGGGACAUCUGGACAUCCUCAAGGGGCUGAUCAGCCGUGGAGCCAAAAUUUCCACCCGGGACAAGCUAUGGAGCACCCCCUUGCACGUGGCUGUCCGGACUGGCCACUGUGACUGCGCUGAACAUCUCAUUGCCUGUGGAGCAAAGAUCAAUGCCCAAGAUAAGGAAGGAGAUACACCUAUUCACGAUGCAGUCAGGCUAGGACGAUUCAAGGCGGUCAAGACCCUGCUGAUGUAUGGGGCAAAUCUUAGCAUCCAGAAUGAGGCGACGGUCACCCCAGUAGACCUGGUGAAAGACUGGCAGACAGGGAUCCGGGAGACGCUGCAAACAUGCGCCAACCGGCAGCAAGGCCUAGCCAGGAGCUGCUGAGAGUGUUUGUGUGUGUGUGUGCGGGGUAUCUUGGGUAAUGGGGUGUUGACUCUACAAGCCAGCACCCUCCCCCCCUUCCUUCACCACCCUGUGACCAAUUCACCAUCCUCGUCCCUGUUUUGCACCAAACUGGGCAGAUUAGCCUUUCCUCUUCAAUCCUGGUGUGGAGAGAACAAAAAUAGUGUGUGUGUGUGGGGGGGGAGGUUUCUUACAUCCCCAGCUGAUGUGGGCCAGCCGGCUGGGCUCUGGAACCUCCUGCAACUUUUAUCUCUUGAGAUGGGAGAUUUUUUUGAGCAUGUAGCAAACCUGGGCAGGGGACAGCCUUGGCACCCUUGCAUUCCUCCUGGCUACCAGCAGAGGGCAGCCUGGUGGGGCCUAAGUCUCCGGAGGGAAGCUCUGCCUUCCUGCCUCCAAAGUCUAGUGAGCUUAAGCAUCCCGGAAGCCAGGGGGCUGCAAGGAGAAAGGCCAGAGAGAAGAGGUGAGGCUCCCCUGCCAAAACAGGCCUGAUCUGAGCAUCUACCAGUUAGGGAUGCAGAUGUUUAGGGGACUGUGAAUGGCAGAGAGCCGAGCCCCACAGCUGGCUCAGCUCCAAAGGACAAUGCCACUACGGCAGUCCAGCUACUCCCCGGAUCUGCAGAGAAGCAAGUUCCGCAUUUUAGAGGAAGCAUCUGGCCUCGCUUCCGCUUCCAACCUGCCACGUAUACUGGAGGGGCCUGGGCUGCAGCUCCCCUGGAAGGGGCCUCUGGUCACAGCCCUCCCCGACGCUGGGGUUGAGGGCUGGGCAGCUUUCUUCCAGAGGCGGGGAGUUCCUCAGGCCCCUGGAGGGAGGCCAGACUGGAAUCCUCUUUUGAGCUUGUUACCCCCCAAAAGAUGACGCUCUUCUCUGGAACGAGUCGACGUCUCCUGGUGAAGCAGGCGAUAAAUGUAUCUCCGUCUUUUUUGGCCCACCUCUUCAGUUGGCAAAGCUGCCCAGCGGCUGCUCCCUUGUGUCACCAUUUCCAGCCACUGGUGGCCUUGGGUGUCCUCCCCUCCCUUCGUUCCUUGGUACAUUAAAGAGGGCGAACGUGGUGGUGCUGCUGGACAGAUAGAGUUCUCCUGAAACAGCACCAGGUCUUCCAACAAUUCAAUGUCCUUCAACAAAAGAAGGGGCCAAAUAUGGCCAACAGUGCAGAGUUCGCACAGGGCCGGCUGGCCAUCCUUUUGCAAGUUUCACGACGGAGUAUUCCAGGGGGUGGGGGGAACACAUGCCAAGCAGGCACCCCCUCCCUCUAGUAACGCCUUCGCUUGGGGGACUGGGUUCCCCCUACUGACUUCUACCUUACUUAUGACUUCAAGGCCUGCCUUCAACGAACGUGCCCCAGAGCCGGGAGGGGCGUCCAUGAAGCCAGCCUUGCUCUCUCAGUCUGGAACAGGACUCGUACCCUACCGGCUCUGGCGAUUAUUUAUUUACCUAUUCCCGCCCUCCCUGUCUCUCUUUUCCAGAGAAAGGGCGGCUGAGACGAUUACUUGAAUUUUUCAGUGCCAACUUCACUUCUUUGCAUCGAUUGUGACCCCCAAAGGUGUCGUAAAUGAUACUGUAGUCCUUUUGUCUAAGUCGGGGAGGGGGGAACUGUAGCCGCUUUAUGACCAGUAGACUUCAACUCCCAGAAUUCCUGAGCUAGCAUGACAACUCCAAGGAACAUUGGGAGUUGAAGUCCCGGAUAAAGGAGCCACAGUUCCCCAGCCCUGGUCUUAAGUCAUACCAGGCCACCGUGCACAGGCAAUCCAUCAGUCUUAGCCACCUCCCUGGCUUUGAGGUUGCUUUGCAGCGGUCUUCGGUCUUCAGUAUCAUCUCAGGACUUGCCCCCUCCAUCCAUGCCCACCACAACACCCCUCACCACAAAUGGAGGGGUACGUGGGCAAGACUGGGGAUGGGGGGGGGUUUCCAGAAAGAAAUUCCACUUAGGAGUCGAACUGUACAUUGCUAAGACUUCUGUCCCUCAAAACUCUGCGAGGGCAGUGCUGCUGUGAUGUGAUUUUCCUUUUGUAAAUAAUAAAAAGUAUUUUUGUGUCUUGAAA